AUGUAUGUAUAUCCAUAUUAUAUUGGUGUUAGACUUGUAGAUGAGUAUGAAGCAAUUAGCGAAAAAGCACUUAGCACACCAACGAGCACUGAACAGCUCUUUCAACUUAAAGAGGAAAUGGACAAAAUUAAAGAAAAAACCUUGCCACAAAUGCAACAUGAAUUGAAAGAAUUGCUCGGAAAAUUCUUGUUCAUUUCGGAUUACAUGCAAAUUUCUCCUAUUGUCUCCAAACUGCAAACACAAGCGAUUCAAUGGUCCAAUAGAAUAUCUUAUGUCAUGGAAGAACACAUGUCUAUUGUUGCCAGGAAAGCAUUAGAAUUUAAGGAUGCUUUGAAGGUGAAACGAGUUAAACUUCAAGAGGAACUGGAUUCAUAUGCCAAACAGGUCGAAGAAUUCCAGCACUUUGGAAAUCUAGAAGAACUUCCAAAGUAUCUUAAAAGAGCCCAAGUUUUGGAUGGCAAACUUCAAGCGGCUUCAGAUAAAGCUGACAAGCUCAACAAAGAAGAGGAAAUGUUUGAGUUUGAAGUCACUAAUUAUCCUUUAAGAAAACAGAUAUCAGACAAAUUGGCACCAUACUUGCGACUUUAUGAAAGCGGAGCCGAAUUCCUGGAGAAGAAAGAAGUUUGGCUAAAUAGCCAAGUUGGCACUCAUGAUCCUGAACUGAUUGAAAAUGACGUGAUGAAUUUGUGGAGAACAAUUAUCAAAUUGGAGAAAUCGUUUGGUGAUGUCCCGUUGGUCAAGGAGUUGGUUGUGCAGAUAAAAGGAUUGAUUGACAUCUUCAAAGAACGGCUUCCAAUCAUUCAGACGCUUGGAAAUCCAGGGCUACGAGAUCGUCACUGGGAAAAAAUUUCAGAAAUAGUUGGGUUCCCUAUACGGCCAUCACCAGAGCUGACCUUGCAAAAGAUUAUUGACAUGAAUCUGGGUGAAUAUUUGAACAAAUUUGAACUAAUCAGUGAAGCUGCUUCCAAGGAACACAGUUUGGAGAAGAAUCUGGAGAAGAUGAAGGUUGAAUGGGCAGACAUUAAGUUUCAAAUUGUUCCAUUCAGGGAAUCGUAUGUUAUUUCGUCUGGUAAGCAUUUUGUAUUUCAUCAACAAUUACGUCAGCGAAACCUCAAAUACAAUUUUUUUAUCAUGAUCAGUGGAUGA